UUUGUUUUCACUGAAGAACGGCGUUGUGUCCUUUUUCUGUAACAUGGGAAGCCAAUGGAACCAGCUGCAGAGAUCGUUCGCCUUACUGGGAUCUGACCCGUAGUUUUUUAAUUUGCACAGGCGGGAGAAUGAUAAUGUUCCAGCUAACGGGGCAAGCGACUCCUCUAGCGAAAGCUAUUCUCCGAAAAGUGGAGAAGCUCAAACCGCAGGACAUCAUUGGUAGUGGAGGCUAUGGCACAGUUUACAAGUUAGUCUUGGAUGACUUGUCCGCGUUCGCUGUGAAGAAACUCACCAGGGGCGUACUGGAACGUGACCAAGGGUUUGAGCGAGAGCUGCAAACCUUGAUAGACAUAAGUCAUAGAAAUCUAUUGACGUUGCGAGGGUACUAUAGCGCACCCCAGAUUAACAUAUUUAUCUACGACCUGAUGCGGAAUGUCAAUCUAGAUUUCGUGCUGCAUGGUAGACACCAUCAGCUAUUUCUCCUGUAAUGUGUUCAUAACUUGCUGGUUGGGACUUAAUUUUGAAGAACUCAAGUUUUUCUGUAUUAGAGGCCUUUCAGGGGAACAGAUUUACGUGUUGGUUGACGUUAAAUUAAUGAAUAUUAUUGGUGUCGUAGAGCACGCAAGCCGGAAUGAGGAUCCUAUCAACUGGGGAUUGCGCCUUCGAAUUGCGUUAGGUGUUGCCAGAGGAUUGAGUUGCUUGCACUACGAUUGCGUUCCCCACAUUAUCCAUCGCGACAUCGAGUGUAGCAACAUUCUUCUGGAUGAGUAUAUGGAGGCCCACGUUGGGGACUUCGGGCUUGCAAAAUUCGUAAGCCCUGAGAAAACCCAUGUGACCACCAUGGCUGCAGGAACUUUCCGAUACUUGCCUCCAGGGUAAGAAACAACUAAGGGUGUCGAAAAUGCUCACAUUUGACUUUAUCGAAAGAAACAGGUUCGAUUUCUUUUUCUACUUAGAUAUGUCUAGCCAUUAUAUUUUUAUGCGUUAUGUUCCUCUCUUACCGUCGUCGAUGGUGUCAAAAUUCGACUUGAAGAGUAUUUGGAAACUGGGAAAAUCACAGAAAAAGGCGAUGUGUACGGCUUUGUAGUGCUUCUUGAGCUUUUGACUGGAAAGCGCCCCAACGAUGAUGAUUUCCGGGACUACAAUUUCAUCAUAGUUCAAUGGGUGAGCGACUCAGACAGCUCUAAAAUAUUGACAAACUCUUCCAUGGUAAUCCAUCUGAAAAGCUUGCCAACUUGCACAGUCAGAUUCCUUUCCAGUUUGUGUUCACAUGUCAAACUAAAUACGUCCUGUUUACUUUCACCCUAGAUUAUGCUCAAUCCACAACAUUACGUCACAAUUCUCCAUGUCAUCCUUUUAAUCUUCAAUAGAGGCACCCAGAGGUUCUUCAUUAAAUCUCACCAAAGGGUAGAACAAGUAUCCUAGGUGCACAGCUGCCGUUAUUAGUAUACUAAAAGUAUACAACCUUUCUCGAGUCCUUCGAAGGGCGAACCUAAGUAAUCAACCAGGUGAUAUGAUUGAAGGAAUCCCAAAUUCUAUAAGAUUUUCGACGAGUUCAGGUCCUGAAACAGCUGAGAUUGGGUCCAUGGUGAUGGAGGUUCUGAAUCACGAGUGGCCGAGGGAGUAGACACAUGCACCCAGAAAAGUAGGCAGCCUUAACUUGGCAGAACUGCAGAGCUAGUCCACAAGCACCCUUGCAAAGUAUAAAAUUCUUUUUGGCAUGAUGUCGAUCUAGUUUAAGAGCUCGACAAAACGGAUCUUUUUGAACUUUUGGUGGUUCACAUAGCGCACGGUUGCCUGUCGCUGGCCAAUGUUUCCAUUCCCAUAUCCUGCGACCAGCACAUCCCAGGCUCCGAAUUAGAUAAGCCCCAUUGAGCCUUCAUUAAACUUCAACUCAACAUUUCUGACACUACGUGUCGCUGAAAUGAGGGCGGAUGAGAAACGCAGAGUCGAAUGAAAUCGAAACGGAAGCGCCUACGGUGGCGAGAGCCAGUUUCAGCCAGUUCCAGCCAAUUAGAAUAGAAAAAACACCCACGAACAUCGUCUGAGGGGGGGCUCGGCCUGCGCGCGAGCUGGACGGCGUUGGCUGCCUUUCAAGAAGAAUCUCGAGCGUUGUCAGUUUCGGCCCCAAAGAAGAAACUGCUACUUUCUAACGAGGAGGCUUCGCAAGAACCUUCUGGGCCCCAGGAUCUGAUCCCCAGCAGAAUAAAGUGAAACUUUUUUCUGAAUCAUGUGUGACUCAGAAGAAUUCCGUGGUGUAGGGUCUGCACUCUACAGUGCAAUCCAUUGACAUUGAUGGCCCACAGAGGAACUCGCCCACGGCAGCACCAGCAGCAAUCGUGUGGCCCCAAUGCGGCGAAC